GGCAGUGGUUUCUGGAUGAGAAUGGUCCGGAGUGCAGAGGACACACUGCAGCCCUGCUGCCUUGUUGCCACAGCGACGGGAGACAGCACUGCAGUGUUGGCAGGACAAACUGGCUGAGGCACACAUGCGACACUCUCACACCCCUGUCUGUGUGAGUGAGAGUGUAUGUGUGCUGGCAGGCUGUGUGUACAGGCCUGAUCAGGAUGCCAGGCGCAGAUGGACAGCAGGCUGAAGGUCGGUCCUAACGAACCUACGGGAUAAACCAGAUUCCCGACUCCGGCAUCCGUCCCUCUACGUGUAACCUCAGGACCCGGCCUGCAUCAGUCUCCGCCUCUGUAGAAAACAGCCUGCAGGACAAGAGCCCUACCACGUCUAUCCUUCCUCACUGUAUUCUUCUGAAGGCACAGAGCAGUAGAGGACAACUUGAGGAUUUCUUCAUAUUUACGGCAAUCGCAGCCUUUAACAUCACGCUUCAGUGGCUUUGUGAUGGGACUUUGUCAGGUAGUCCAUUUGCUGGAGUUGCAGUUUGUUUAUAUAUUUUGGAACUUGUAAUGAAAAUGUAUCUUUUUUUAAUUCUAAUAGUGUAUAUAUAGUGGUGAUAAUUCAUCAAAAAGACAUGCAAAUUUAUGUAUGAGACUUAUUUUGAGUCUUUGAAAGAGACUGAGAGGAAGAGGAUUCAUUAGCUUGUCAGAGCGAGACAGGAUUUGACUACUGUGAUCCAGAAUUAGGCCAUAAUCCCAUCUGUAGGCCUGAGACCUUCAGGAAGGAAGACAGAUCUCAAUUAGCCUGGCACAUCCACAAUGCCUUGCUCUCCCUUUCGAAUCAGGAGGCCGAAGAAGUUCUGGAAACAGGAUGGGGGAGAGCCCUGUAUCUCUAACACACUAGAUCCUUCACUGUUCCGGCCUUCACUGCCUCACACCGGCCCUGUGUUCCUCAAGACUACUGAUUUAUUUGAAAUGAUUGAGAAAAUGCAGAGCAACAGAAUGGACGAGCAACGAUGCACUUUUCCUCCUCCUCUCAAAACCGAGGAAGACUACAUCCCUUACCCCAGCGUCCACGAGGUUCUCGGCAGAAAGAGUCCAUUUCCCUUGAUUCUGCUGCCCCAGUUCGGGGGUUAUUGGAUUGAAGGGACCAAUCACGAGCUGAGCAAUGGGAUCGACCUGGACCAGCUCCUGUCUCCCAACUCACGCUUCAAACUGGAGUGCAACACCACCGCUAAGAUCUACAGGAAGCAUUAUCUGGGCAAAGAACACUUUAAUUACUAUACAGUGGACAGUGCCCUGGGCCACCUGGUGUUCUCCAUGAAAUAUGAUGUUAUCGGGGACCAAGAGCAUCUUCGUCUCAUGCUCAGAACAAAAAUGAAAACAUAUCAUGACGUGAUUCCAAUAUCUUGUCUGACCGAAUUCCCCAACAUUGUCCAGAUGGCCAAGCUCGUCUGUGAAGAGGUGAACGUGGACCGAUUUUUCCCGGUGCUUUACCCAAAGGCCUCCAGGCUCAUCGUCACUUUCGACGAACACGUCAUAAGCAACAACUUCAAGUUUGGAGUCAUUUAUCAGAAGUUUGGACAGACCUCAGAGGAGGAGUUGUUUGGGAAUAACGAGGAGAGUCCUGCUUUGGUGGAGUUUUUAGAGUUUCUGGGACAGAAAAUCGAGCUUUAUGACUUCAGAGGGUUUCGUGGAGGAUUGGACGUGACCCAUGGACAGACAGGCUCUGAAUCUGUGUACCACAAUUUCCACAACAAGGAGAUCAUGUUCCACGUGUCAACUAAGCUGCCUUACACAGAGGGCGAUACACAGCAGCUACAAAGGAAGAGGCAUAUAGGAAAUGACAUUGUGGCCAUCGUGUUUCAAGACGAGAACACUCCAUUUGUGCCAGACAUGAUUGCCUCCAACUUCCUGCAUGCCUAUGUAGUGGUGCAAGUUGAAAAUGCCUGUUCUGACAACGCCCUGUACAAGGUUUCAGUAACAGCGAGAGAUGACGUCCCCUUCUUCGGACCACCCCUCCCAAACCCAGCCAUUUUUAAGAAAGGCCCAGAGUUUCAUGAAUUUUUGCUUACCAAGCUGAUCAAUGCUGAAUAUGCUUGUUACAAAGCUGAAAAAUUUGCCAAAUUAGAGGAGCGUACCCGGUCUGCUCUGCUGGAGACGCUGUAUGAGGAGCUGCACAUCAACAGUCAGGCUAUGAUGGGGCUGGGAGGAGAGGAGGACAAACUGGAGAAUGGAGGAGGAGGGGGAGGGGGCUUCUUUGAGUCUUUCAAGCGGGUGAUCCGCAGCAGGAGCCAGUCUCUGGACACCAUGGGCCUCAAUAUCAGGAAGUACACAGUCUCCAAUAGUCACAGUGGCAGUAUCACCCACAACAACAACAACCACCACUCACCAGAGACCCCUAAACCCCAUGGGAUAUCAUUGCUUGUCCCAGGCAAAAGUCCCAGUAAAUAUGGACGGCGUGGCAGUGCCAUAGGAAUAGGAACCAUAGAAGAGUCUUUGAUCAUUCCUGGAAAAAGCCCAACUAGGAAAAAGUCAGGACCUUUCAGCUCUCGACGUAGCAGUGCUAUUGGCAUUGAGAACAUCCAGGAGGUCCGGGAGAAGAGUAGAGAGUGCUCCCCCAGCACACAGAAGACUCCUGACAGUGGCCACGCCUCCCAGGACCCCAAGUCUGAAAACUCCUCCAAUCAGAGCUCUCCUGAGAUCCUCAUCACCAAGAACAGCUCAAGCAUGUACUGCCAGGCUCCCUCCAUUCCUGAGGCUCAUGACCUGUCCCGCUCCUCCUCUAACGCCAGCAGCUUUGCUAGUGUGGUAGAGGACAAUGAAACCGAGGCCACAGAGGACUAUGACACCGGCAUGGAGAGUCUGUCGUCAGCAGAUACUCCUCAUAAACGAGACUCGUUCACGUACAGCACAUGGCUGGAGGACAACAUGAGCACUGCCAGUACAACCAGCAGGGGGAGCUCUCCUGCUGGGAAAACAGAUAGUGGAAAGAACCAGGAGCAGAACCGUGCAGACAUCCGCAUCAAACUUGAGCGACCGCAUGACCACAAGUCCACAUCUAACUGCUAGCCCCUCCUGAUUGAAUGCCUCAUGGACGUCCAUCAACAGCAUUUCUGUUAGAAACACCAUAGAGAGAAAAGGCGAACUGGAGUUUAUGCAGUUACUUGAUGAAGAAGAGGAUGACGACCACAGUUGGCUGCAGAAGUGACAACAUGUACAUGCCCCAGAACCACAAUCAUGUGACCAUACCUCCAUCAGGACACUCACUUCCCUUGCAGACUUGACCAGAAACAGGAAGGAGUUGGUUAUAGGCAGCCAGAGACUGUGCAUUGGCUCUGUCCCCUUGUGAGUACAUCAGUAAAUGAAUGAGAACCUCCUCUGUAGCAGCAUCUACUGACACGCCACUGUGCUGGUGAGUGGCUAAACUAGCAGGUUAUUUGAGGUCCCAACACUGUGCUGAAAUUCAAUUCUGUGAAGUUUGUCUCCUAAAGAACAUUUUAUCUGCUUGUGUGACGAAAACUUUUUAGCCCUGUCCCAAAUGGUGGACUCUGCAACAGGGAUAGUGCAUUCUUCUGAAACCUAAAAUGACAAAUGGGAGGCGCUACGGUCUCAAGGACUUCACUGCAAAUAUAUUACACAUCCAAUCCGCUAUUUAGGACAGGGCCAUAGAGACCAAACCAUGUCAUGUCUGUCGUUCAGAAUUCAGGUGUGAAAACCCUUGAUCUGAUGUUCAUUGUAGCUGUGCAAUACAUUAUUUAAAAGUAACAUCACUCCAAGAGUU